AAAGAAUGGGAAGUUAACUGACGGAGCUACGCGCUCUAUGGUAAGAGCAGUGACCACGCUCCGCUCCGCUCCGCCCCGCCCCCUGACAUUGCAUUCACUAGCAAAGCCACCACCUCCGUGGCCACCACGGUCCGCGGCGCUUUGCGGGAGGGGCACCUGCGGUACACCGGCUGCCGGCUCCGGCCUCAGUUUACAAAGUGACCUGGGCCCAAGGCGCCUCCCCACUUCUGGAAGGCAGGCUCGGUGCUCCACCUUUGCCAGCCUCCCGCAGCCCUCCGCGCAGCCUCCGGCCUGCCCUCCCGGUGGGGGUGUGGCCGGGCGCAGGGCUCUUACACCGGGGCAGAGGGGAGUGAAUGAACUCAUCCCAAUUCACUUCGCCGACUACCAGAGGGCACCCACAGGCCCGGAAGUCCGCUUUGCCCCUUAGGUUAGUUCCCUCCAUCGCCACCCGGGCUCAGAGCAUCGCGCCGCAGUUCCGCCCGUGUCACAGCCGCAGCUAGUUGCCUGACGUACGCGCUGCUGCCGGCGGCUUCGCGGAGUGUCCCGGGCUCCGGCCGGCCAGACCAGCGGACCGUACACAUGGCGCACUGGCGGCUGCUCCGGCUCGGGUUUGUGCCUCUGCUUCUGGCCCUGUGGCGCUGGCCACCCAGCACAGGUUCUCUGCAAGUGGAGAUGGCAGGGGAGACUCAGACGGUGCUCCUGAAUGACAAUGCCACUAUUGUCUGCAAAGUCCAGGGUCACCGCCACCUGGACAUCACAAUUAUGGGUAUCACCUGGUUUUGGAAGAAUCAGAUGUCUGCAACAGAAGUUAUACUGUUUCAGUUUUUUGGAGCCCACCGAAAGAUAGUACGACCUGGAGCCUCCGUGCCUCUAUCGAGGCUGGAAAGGGGGGAUGCCUCGCUGCAGCUCCCAGGGGUCCAGCUGUGGGAAGCAGGAGAGUACCGAUGCGAGGUGGUGAUCACCCCUCACAAAGCAGUGGGAAGAGUCCGGCUGGAGGUUAUGGCUUACCCAGUCAGCAGCUUGUUUCCGGAGCAAGCCACGGUGAAAGAAAAUGCAGAACAACUGAUUUCGUGUGUGGCUAGUGGGUUCUACCCCAUGAACAUUACCAUUACCUGGAAAAAGUGGACCCAGGAGGAUCCCUGGUACGCGGAAGUUUCUGAGGAUGUCUUCACUAAUAGUAUCACCGAAAAUGAAGAUGGCAUGUGUAAUGUCACAAGCUUCUUGAGGCUGAAGCCCUCUCUGGAAGACAAUAUGACCAUCUACCAGUGUGUGGUAUGGCACAAAUCCUUGCCUACCUCCCAGAGGCUCAACUUCACCCUGACUGUGAUAGAACCUGAGAAGACAACUUAUACUUGGGUGUACAUUUUUGUCUCUGCUGGAAUCUUAAUAUUUGUACUGAUUUUAUAUGUUUCUUGGAAACAGGUGCUACGUCGAACAAACCCUUAUUCUCUGUCUUGAAAGCUUAUUCUCAGGACACCCAAAUUGACACAAGGACUGAAGAACUAUAAUGAGGUGCUUUCAUUAUGAUGCAUUCAUGGUUUAUUCAGAUGGGGGAACCACUAAAAGAACAUUGGAAGUUCUUGCACAGAAACCACAGAAACAACAACGUUUCUCAGUGAAUGCAUAUGUAACUGAAAUUACUUUCCCUGCCUUCCUUGAUAACCUCCUGCCAAUCAGCUUAUCUAAGAAAAAGAAAGCAAGACUUUCCAAAGAAGACAUACAGAUGGCCAAAAGACACAUGAAAAGGUGCUCAACAUGGCUUAUCAUUAGGGAAAUCAAAACCACAAUGAGACACUACCUCC